AUGACAGCCAGCGUACCAGCAACAGACCCAGCAGUCUAUGCUUCUUAUGAAGCGAAAUGGGCUACCCUCCCUGACACUGCCGAGGCAUGGCUAGCUAGAGCAAGCGAGGUAGCUGAAGUUCUGGCACAAGAUGCUGCUCAGAGAGAUCAGGAGAACAAGUCACCACGUGCUGAGAUUGCUCUUCUAAAGCAUUCAGGCCUACUGAAGCUUUUGGGACCUAAGAAGUAUGGCGGUGGAGAACAGCCGUGGAAGAUUGGGUACCAGGUCAUCAGAGAGGUCGCUAAGACAGAUGGGUCUAUUGGCAUGCUACUCGGAUAUCAUCUUUUGUGGUCCACCACUGCAAAUGUUGUUGGUACCCCGGAACAAAUUGAGCGCACCCACGAAUUGAUCAUAUCGAAUAACUACUUCGUUGGUGGCGCGGUCAACCCACGGGAUAGUGACCUGAAGAUCACAUCGGAUGGCGACCACAUAGUUUUCAAUGGAGCCAAGCACUUCAACACUGGCGGUGUUGUGUCAGACUUGACCGUCCUGGAGGGUGUUCUGGAAGGCACAGAGAACCACAUUUUUGCUCUGGUUGAGACUCGACAGCCAGGAAUCCAGUUUGCUCAUAACUGGCAUAAUAUUGGUUUGCGCCUUACAGAAUCCGGUGGUGUCAAGCUCGAGAAUAUCCGCGUGCCAUGGAGAGAUGCGCUGGGCUGGGAUGAAACCACCAAACAGCCUCGUGAGGAUAUUUUGCUCAUUCCUUUCGCCACCUUACUUCUUCCAACUAUUCAACUCGUCUUCAGCAACUUUUACCUGGGCAUUGCCAUCGGAUCCCUGGAGUUCGCAUCCAAGUAUACAACCAAUGGCACCCGCCCCUGGCCCUUUGGUGGAGAUGACAAAGAGUCCGCAACCGACGAGUUCUAUAUUCUAGAGCGAUAUGGUAACUUUUUUGCGCAUCUCCGGGCCACUGAGGCAUUGGCCGACCGUGCGGGGGAUCAGAUCUCUGAGCUAUAUACCCGCCAUGGAUCCAAUAGGUCAGCUUUGACCGCGGAGGAGCGAGGUGAGGUUGCUGAGUGGGUUGCCAGUGUGAAGGUAGUCACUACCGACGUUGGACUUCGGGUUACAUCUGGUGUGUUUGAGGUGACUGGUGCUCGGGCGACUGCCUUGAAGGUGGGACUCGAUCGAUUCUGGCGAGACAUCCGAACACACACUCUACACGAUCCUGUGGCGUACAAAAACCGAGAACUGGGACGGUUCGUGCUCUUGCAUGAGUACCCCGCGCCGUCGUGGUACACUUAG